AUGGCAGCGUCAAAAGACCGCAACUCCUCGCCAACCGUCGCCAUCAUUGGCGCUGGCCUCACCGGUCUCCUUGCGGCUCAAGCCCUCAAAAAUGUCAGUAUACCCAUCAACGCCUCCUUCUCCCCCAACAUGUUCUUUCCCUUGUUCCAGUUGCUGACAAUCGUCAAGAACGGCUUCCAAGUCCUUAUUUACGACUCCGAAGUACACCUCAACUCGCGCCUGCGCGACUGGACCAUCCUCCUCCACUGGGCUCUCCCCAUCUUCUCCUCCCUCCUCCCGCCUUCCAUUUUCGCCAACUUUGAUAGCGCCAUCAGUAACCCUCACUUAGAGUUUGACGACUGGGCCGAGACACUGCCCAUGUACAAUGGCGAAACAGGCGAUCUAAUCUUCAAGAGCGCGGUACCCGGCAGCCGAAGGAUUACGAGGCGGGGAUUGCGGGAGGUGUUGAGCGAAGGACUUGAUAUCCAGUGGGGAAGGAAAGUGACCAGCCUGGAUACUGAGUCUGAUUCGGAGAAGGUGAAGGUCACGCUUGAACAGGAAGACGGAGUGGAAGAGGAAGUAUGGGCGGAUUACGUCCUCGGCACGGACGGGGCUGGUUCAAAAGUGAGGGAGAUCCUGUUUUCGAAUCAGGAAAAUGGAGAAGAAAAGGCCAAGGUCAAGAGGAGCGGGUUUAUGAUCGGGACUUGUAUCGUUGAUUAUCAGGAUGAUGGAGAGAUGGUGCAGAAGGUACUGAAGAAGCAUCCUGUCACGUCUCUGGUGAUGAGUCGAGGGGCUGUUGGUGGGUUUGGAGUCCAAUAUACAACCUCCUCCCCAUCCUAUCCUUCUUCCGACCUCAAGCACACGAUCUUCUGGACCAAAAUCUGGAAAGGUUCCCUCUCCAGCACCCCCAACCUUCCACGCAAGGGUCCCGCCGCCGUUCGCUACCUCAAACAGUCCUGGCAAGGACUCUCACCUGAUUUUCAAGUCCUCUUGGACUCCACGCCUGAAGACGAGACUCACACCAAGGCCUUCAUCGACGAAAUGGGUACCUGGAUCGCUCAACCGUUCGAUAAUCGUAACGGAAGAGUGACGCUGGCUGGAGACGCGGGACAUCCGAUGCUCAUUUUGCGAGGACAGGGGUUUCAGCAUGCUGUUACUGAUGUGCAUAAUUACGUGCAGGCUUUGCUGGCGAUCAGAGAUAGUGGAGCGGAUAGGAAGGAGGUGUUUGAAAAUUAUGAUAGGGAUAUGAUUGAGAGGGGAAGUAAAGCGGCGUUGCAGGCGCUGGAAGAGGCCGAGUUGGCGAUGGAUGCUACGAGUGUGGAGAAGAUGUUGAUGGUUAGGAAGGGGCAUGGGAGAAGUGUUUAG